UACCCAACUCAAGCAUGUGAGAUUCCGAUGUGUGUACGGAACCGAUUUCCCUACCGUAAAAUACCGAUGCCCCGACUGCUCAGCUUUCACCAAUAACUAACUAACAAACCCAAAAAGGCGUCUAAAAGUACACAACCAUUCCAUUCACAAACAAGAAAUCUAUACUGUAAAUAAAUAAAUAAAAAAUGGAAGCCCUCGAUCUUCUCUUCUCCAUCACUUCCACUUUCUUCACUUCUCUCGCCCUCUCUCUCCUCCUCGUCUUCCGCACUCUCUUCACGCGCCGCCCCUCCUCCACCAUUCACUCUAAUGCCGUCUCCCUUUACCAAGGCACUGUCUGGCACGAACGUCGCCGCCCUGUCCACCACUCUUUCCUCUACUCGGUGCGCUACGCUUUGUUUGACCUCGACCACGCACACGCACCUCCCGACCACCUUUCCGCCGAUGAAGCUCGCCAAGUCGCUCAGACCACCGGACCAGUUUUUCUGCUGACAAUACCUCCAAGUGUGGGAUAUGAACAAAAUCCACUGAGUUUGUAUUAUUGCUACGACAUGGAUGGGUCUGCUCGACUUCUCAAGAAAUGCAUUGCGGAGGUAACAAAUACUCCAUGGGGUGAAAGAGUUGUUUUCAUUUUUGAUCCAAACUCAGAUGUAGUGGCAAAACCAUUACAUGUCAGCCCUUUUAUGGAUAUGCUGGGGAAUUGGAAUAUCAAAGCAAAUGAUCCCACGGACAGUUUAUCUGUGUUUAUUUCAGUUCAGCACCCUGAGCUUGGUGACUAUUUUGUGGCCUCAUUGAAAGCUAAAAGACUCUCCUCGGUGUCUGAUCAUGCUAUGUUCUUCUGGCUGAUGCCACAUAAAGUUGCUUUAUGGAUAUAUUGGCAUGCCUUAAAACUGUGGUGGAAAAAUGUUCAUUUCAUCCAACAUCCAAGAUAUACUAACCCUACAUAUAGGGAGGAAGCUAUGAUCCGUGAUAAAAAACUUCAAUGUAAUCAGGCACUUGCAUGGGACAGAGGCAACUGUUUGCAAGCUGAUGGACAUCAUCCAGGAAAUUUGGCUGAUAGAAAACGUUGGUUCAAGUGGAGAGAUGCCAAAAGGCCAUGGUGUUGAAUUCUAGGGGUAAGGUUUUUACUGUGAUAUAUUUUUCUUUUAUUUCCCAUACCUACAUACAUGCAAGGCUGGCUUUAGGCAUGCAGAUUAAGAGAAAAAAUAUACCUAUUAUGGUCCCAUUUGUUGUUGGGGUGACUGCAGAGCCACCGUAGAGAACUGAAAAUGUGCUGACUGGUUUUGUGGACAUUCUGCUAUUCCUUUAGUUUCCCUUCUCAUUUGUAAAGCAAGAAUCAUGCUUGAAGUUGUUUUAGAAUUUGCGUUGCCGGAACUCUAUUGUAUUGGAAAUCAAGUGAUCAAAUUGCUUUUGCUUGAUGAUUUUUGUUUAA